AUGCUUGAGGACAGCAGCUGUAACUUAUGUCAUGCCGAGGAAGAAACGAUGAAUCAUCUUUUUUUCUCUUGUCAAGUGACCAGUCACAUAUGGAAGGAAGUGCUCGAUUGGUUUAACAUCUCUCAUGAUCCUCAACCGUGGGAUGUUGAGAUGAUUUGGCUCACCAAGUUAACAAAGGGAAAGGGCUGGAAAGCGGAAAUUUUGAGGAUGUUAGCCGCUGAAACUAUAUACAACAUCUGGGGUUAUAAGAAUGACAAAACUUUUGGCAACACUAUAGAUAAUACAACCACAAUAUCUAACAUCAUUGACUGUGUGAUCUAUCGUGGGUGGAACAACACUAGGAUUAGGAAACAUCUUGUUAAUUUUAUGAUGUAA